AUGUUUUAAGGAUGCACUGCACAUCAUACAAGACAGGUGUCCUCUUGGAUGAAACCAAGGUGUGCAGCAUGCAGACAAUAAAGACAGUGGAGACCCAAGUUCCCUUUCUGAAAGAGAGUUUCUUCACUACGACAUUCAAAGGCCGGAGGAAGAGCAGCGUAACCAGUAUUCUCCGUAAACAACAGUACUCACUUCUUAAUCAACAGCAGUGCAUUUUAGAGCAUCAACCGCAUGGUCCUAAGCUCUUUCAUUCUCCUCUGAUUGAAAAUGGACCUGGGCAGCAAACUCCCAAGCAUCAGCGACUUGCUCGUUCAACCAGCAGCCCGUUAUGCAAGACAGUUGAGCAUGCAGAAGCAGAUGGGGAUAGAAAGGAGGGGCAAAAAGAGAGAAAGAGAGAUGUGAGAGAGGCUGAGCUGGAAAGAGGGGGAGAGAAAGCAGUGAGUGGUAGUGAGCCCGCGGCUGUCACUGCCAGUCUCCUCCUCCUUUCAUCAUCAGCAUCAGCAGCACUGGGGGAGCCAGCAUCAUCCUCACAGCUGCCGUUAACUGUGGUGGGAAGACAGCAGGGAUUAGCUAGCUCUGAAAGGGCUCAGACCAACAGAGGACCAACACCAGCAGCAGCACAGGACGAUGCCCAGCCUCGACCCCAGCACAAUGGCCUGUUAGCCAAAGGUGUUCGCCUGCUCAGGAACAUGGGGAACCAGGAAGCAAAGCAGAAGAAAGGAGGAGCAAGUGGUGGAGCAACAGGGGAUGUUUCUUGUCAUGGUGAGACAGAUGAGCGAGAAGUGGACAAAAAAUCUAAAAAGUCCUACAAUAGGAUAAAUAAAGGAGGAGGAGAACAUGGCAAGAAGAAGUCGAAGUCUGAGUCAAAGGGUUCUGUGUUUUCUGGAAUGAAGAUCAGGAAGAGUUUAUCCAAGGUGAAAGGGUUGUCUAAGGAUGACAUGUUGGAAGAUGGGAGGUCAGCGCACUUUGGCAAAGCUAGGGUCGAGUCUGGUGCAGAGAGGAGUCUGUCAGCCGAUGAGAUGGGCAUGUUAUCAGAUGCCGAGGGGGGUCUGAGCCAUUUGACCGCAGACAGUCACAAAUCUGGGGGCGAUGAGACUGGCCGGAGGACAAGUUCAGGGUCAGAUGCUGAACUCUACAGUUUUCACUCAGCAGCUGAAAGUGAAGGCCUGCUCUCUGACAUCCAGCAGGCCAUGAGAGACCAAUGUGUUGUCACUGAAAUGGUUACCAGCCACUUAUCUGAAAAGUCAACCUCUGAGGGGAGCAAAGUCCCUGAGACUGGACUAUCUCAGCAGCUCUUUAAUCUGGAUAAGGACUGUUUCUCCCCACCUCUUGUUAGUGAAAGUGUAGCUCAAGUACUGAAUGAUAUGUGUAAGAAAGUGGAAAAUGAAAGGAGUGACAUAUCUAUAUCAAGAAUUUCAUCUGGUCCAGGGUCUCUGAGUGAAAGUGGGCCAUCAUCUUCUGCUCCAGACACAGAGAGAAGUAGUGGCAGCCUUUUCCCAAAAACUAACAGCACUUAUAGCUUCCAAGAUACCACAACCACCACCACCUCAUAUGAAAGUGCUGAGGAUGACCUGGAGAGCCCAUUUUUGCCCCCACAGCAGAGUGACGGUAGUCAGACUGCACUUAGAAAAAACACAACUGUGCCAUGUGACCAUUUGGAUCCCAUGAUGGUAGGGACGGGGCCAAUUGGUACUCAGAAAAGUGCUAGCAGCAUGGACCUGUCUGUUGAGAGGGAGGAAGAAGAAAAUGGGAGGCGGGACUUUCUGUCUCUGAAAAGGAGGAAGAGUAGUCUGUCUAUAAGCCAGCUGAUAAUAGACAGCCCCCCUGUUUUUCAGCCUAGACGAACAUCCUCCAACUCUCCCUCCACUGUCAAACUCUACCCACCAGUCCACCCUUCCUAUAUUAAGACCACCACCAGGCAGCUCACCUCUCCAGUUGGCUCCCCCAUUACCAGCCCCCAUGUGCAUAGGAAAACAGAUCCCACCAGUCCUUCACUGGAAUCCAGCAAUGUCCAGGGGUUUAAGAGACGCAAGCAGAGGUCGUGCUCCAUAGCUGGGCCACAUAGUGUGUCUGCAGACUGGUCUACUGAGGUUGAUGAGCUUGGUGGAAGACAUGUUGACAUGGGCAAAUUUCCAGAUCAGGAGACCACAGAGAAGAGUUACACAGGUGGGACAUACUGGACGCUGGGUUCCAGGAGAACACACUAUGGAAAGCAGACAUCCGCUUCUACAGUUCCAUACCUGGAUGUCUUUUCUGGUCGUGCUCUUUUGGACAGGCUUUGUAUGUAUCAAGAAAAUGGGUCUGCCAAAGAGGAUGCGAAAGAAUUGUGUCAACGAAUGCUCGUCCAGGGUCUGCUGCACCCUUUCAGCAACAGCCCUGCAGAGCUCCUCGGUGACAGUGCUGUCUCAGCAGUCUUUAAUGAGGAACAGCUGUACACCUGGGCAUCUGUAGGCUUGCCAGUGUCUUCUUACCUUUGGGAACUCUAUGGGGGGCCAACCACAGGCAGAGUACAGAGCUUAAGGUCCCCUUUGCAUCAAUCAUCGGCCAAGACACCAAGUGCUCCACAAUUUCAGACAGAAUGCAGCAAGUUGAAGUCAGGUCAGUCAUCCUCUGAGGAUGAAAGCAGUCUCAUCCCUCUGCUGGAGAGGACCAUCGAUGACCUGCGGAUUAAGAUAGCUGUGUUGCAAGGCCAGCAGGCCUCCUUGGCAAAGGGCAUCAGGGAUAAUAUGGGAGCUCUGGGCAAUGGUCACCACAAGGCCUCACAGAUGAAAGGAGGGCGAUUGGGAAGGAUGAGCCAGGAGGUGUCUAUCCAGACCUCGCCUGUGGAGGAGGGAUUUAAGUUCGAAGUGCCUUUGAAUGGAGGGUCCAUCAGCAUGGUGUCCUCUGUUUCAUCCUCUAUUGCCAAAUCUACAGAGGGUUUUUCCUGCUCGUGCCAGCAGAGGCAGCAGAGCAGUAUCCAUUCAGGUCCUCCUCCCCCUCCCCCUCCACUCUCUGGGGUUAUGUCCCAACCACCUCCCCCUCCACCACCACCACCUCCCCCACCCUUACCUGGGCUUGGACCUUGUUUGCCACCCCCACCCCCUCCACCACCACCACCACCACCACCACCACCAGGUGCUGGAGCUCCACCACCUCCUCCCAUGCCUGGUUUUGGACCUCCACCCCCACCUCCUCCACCACCAGGUAUGGGCCCUCCUCCUCCACCCCCUCCUCCUGGAACAGGCCCCCCUCCUCCACCCCCACCUCCCGGCUUUGGGCCCCCACCACCACCAGGCCCUAUGCCCUCCAUGAUGAUCCAGGAAGCUGCCCCUGCCAAGGCUAUGAUAGAACCCCCCAAGCCAAUGAAGCCACUCUACUGGACCCGUAUACAGCUGCAUGCUAAAAAACCUGCUGGCUCACUGGUGUGGGAUAAAAUUGAGGAACCAACUGUGGAUUUUGAAGAAUUUGUGGAACUAUUUUCCAAAAGCGCUGUCAAGGAGAAGAAGAAGCCAAUUUCAGACACAAUCAGCAAGUCAAAGGCCAAGCAGGUGGUGAAGCUCUUAAGCAACAAGCGUUCACAGGCUGUAGGCAUCCUCAUGUCUAGCAUUCAUCUUGAUAUGAAGGACAUAGAGAAUGCCGUUCUAAAUAUGGACAAUACUGUUGUUGAUCUGGAGACUCUGCAAGCUCUCUAUGAAAAUAGAGCUCUAGAUGAUGAGAUGGACAGCAUUAAAAAGCACAUUAAAUCUGCCAAAGACAAGGAGGAUGCCAAACCACUGGACAAGCCAGAACAGUUUCUGUUCCAGCUAUCUCAAAUCUCCAAUUUCUCCGAACGGGUGUUCUGCAUCCUUUUUCAGUCAACCUUCCAUGAAUGUAUCACCUCAAUCCACCGCAAAAUUGAAAUCCUUCAGAGAGUGUGCAAGACUCUCCAGAGUAGUAAGAGUGUACUGCAGGUGCUUGGUCUGGUGCUGGCUUUUGGCAAUUUUAUGAACGGAGGUAAUCGGUCUCGAGGGCAGGCUGACGGCUUCACCUUGGACAUUCUGCCAAAACUGAAGGACGUUAAAAGCAGUGAUAACUCCCAGAGUCUUUUGUCCUACAUUGUUGCUUACUAUUUAAGGCACUUUGAUGAGGAUGCUGGCAAAGAGACUUGCGUCUACCCUCUGCCUGAGCCCCAGGACCUUUUCCAGGCCUCCCAGAUGAAGUUUGAGGACUUUCAAAGAGAUCUCCGCAAGUUGAGGAAAGACCUCAAUGCAUGCUCCGCUGAAACAGAGAAAGUUUGCAAACUGUCCUCUGAAGAGAACCUGCAACCAUUCAAGGACAAGAUGGAUCAAUUUCUCAAUCAAGCCAAAACUGAACUGGAAACACAGGAGAACCAGCUAUCAGAAACUCAGAAGAUUUUCUUGGAGUUGACUGUAUCCUUCUCAGUUAAACCAAAGGCAGGAGAGAAAGAAGUCUCUCCCCACACAUUCUUCUCCAUUUGGCAUGAGCUUUCCACGGAUUUUAAGGACCAGUGGAAGAAACAGAAUAAGCUGAUCUUACAGGAGCGGGUCAAAAUGGCAGAAGAGUGCUUUAAACAGGCCAGGCAGAAGGCUUCAUAUAAUGUGACGCCCAAACAUGCAACUGGAAUAAAAGCAAAGUUGGGUAAGAAGAUCUGAAGCAGACAAUGGAAAAUUAUCACCUAGCCUAUUGCACAAGCAGUGUUUGUACAAUCUGACAUGAGUCAUCAGUCAUUUUUAACGUUUAUUUGCUUCCACAGUAUUUGUUUUCAGUUGAUUUAGGGCUAUUGAGUGUGAGCUGGUUCAAAGUGUAUUGUUUAAAUUUAGGAUUAAACCUAAUGUCCUUAACCACCAUUUCACAAAAUUAAACCAGUCAAUGUUAUAAGAAGGCAUCCAUAAGCUGAGUAUUGAAUUUAAUUUGCAUGAAAAUUUGCCAAAAGUGCUCAGUGGAUUUUGACAUUUUCAGCACUAUAUUCAAGGUUUAUCAGUAUAAAUUAUAUGUAGCCACUUUUCUAUUACAGUUCCCAGGCUUAGGUUUCUAGGAAGAGCAUGAACACUUUCUCUUCACAUCUCCUUUAAUGGUGAAAAGCACAGGAUUUUUUUUUACGUUUCUAUCUACAGAAAGUGCCUUGCUGUCUAGUGGAGACUUUAAAUGAGUGCCCUGGAACAAAGCUUAUUUUUAAGACAUAUCAAUUGUGAUUAAAUUAUACCUGCAAAGAAGAAAAGUCUGUUUACAUAGGCUGAAAAAUGGCAUAUUUACUGUUGUCAAUCUUUUCAUCCGGUGUGUUUCGGAAUCAACUGCUGAUUCGGUGUGUUUUACCUACAGCUCUUCUAUUGUGUUUCAGUGUUUGUCACUUCAAAGGCCAUGUACUUCUAAGUGAUGUGAUGUGAUAAAUCCAUACAUUUGGUUCUUUCAAUGAUAUUGUAAAUAUGAUUUGUUUUAAGCAAAAUUCUAUGCAGUUUUACCUUUUGUGUUAUGUGAAAGAGUGUGAACACCCAUAUGUUAAAUUAGCAAUAGAGGAUCGUGUGAUGUGAUUUUCAUGUACAAUACCAGCAUUGUGUUUCCAUUGAAUACAUUUGACCAUUAAAAAAUAUAUAUAUUUAUUGAAUAAAAGACAUUACCCUAA